CUUUCAUUCCAGACUUUACAACAGUACAAUUGCAGGCCAAUUGUUUCGUCUUUCCUUUACUUUCAUUUAAUCACUCACUCACUUACAUACCAACCCACCACCACCACCAUGCACUUCAAACAAACCCUCGCAACAGCCUCGCUGUCCCUCCUCCUCAGCACCAACACCGUCCUCGCCAAGGAAAUUCCCCCCAACGUCGCCGCUUUCUACACGCACGUCAAGAACUCCGGCGACUGUUCCGGCUCCGACCUCCUGCAAGGCGGUUUCCACGACACCGACGAAGGCGCGACCGACUACAGCUACUGCAGCCGGUACAUGGGCGAAUCGGGCUUCUACCUGAAAGGGCCCGGCAAAGAGCUCGUGAACAUGGACAUCGACUGCGACGGCGAGCAAACCUCCGGUGACGGCCGCUGCGGCAGUUCGCAGGACACUCAGGGCCAGACGUCUUUCAAAGACGAGGUCUCCAAGUACGGCAUCAGCGACCUGAACGCCUACAUCCACCCGUAUGUGGUGUUGGGCAACGAAGGCGACUACGACCCGACCUUCGAUCCGCGCGCGCACGGCGUCGAGCCCCUGAGUCUCGUGGCGGUCGUGUGCAACGGCAAACUGAUCUACGGGAUCUGGGGCGAUACGAACGGCGACGAUGGCAAGCCGCUUGUGGGCGAGGCCAGUCUGGCGACCGCGACGGCUUGCUUUGGCGAGGAUAUGAACGGGAACAGCGGCCAUGAUGAGAAGGAUGUUUUGUACAUCGCAUUCUCUGGAAAGGAGGCUGUUCCUGGCGACGAGGCCAAGUGGGAUGCGGAGAGCUAUGAGGAGUUCGAGGAGAGUAUCACUGCGCUGGGUGAUAAGUUGGUCGCCGGGCUGGGCAAGGGUAUGACUUCGAGCUUCCAUGGUAACGCUACUACUAUGCGCAUGCGUCGGUUCCACCAUGUUUAGGUCAGUCUGGACUCUGAAGUUUGGAUUGGCUUGGAGGCGGGGAGAGUGGACGGGUUGAUCUACGGUGUGGCUAGUGGGUGACGGGCGGUUGGUUGGCUGAUCUGUAGAAUAUUUGAAC